GAGGCCGCGCAGCAGACGCUCUCGUUCUUCGCCGUGCCCGCCAAGCCGGCUGAACGGGACGGCAAGGCGCUGGAGCUGCUGGGUCUGCUGGACAGCUUCCAGGACUCCUUUCUCGGCUGCGUCCAGGAAUUGACGAAGAACACGGACUUGGCGGCAAAAGUCCGCUCGCCGCAGAGGACCAAGGCGGAGUCGGAGCCGGCGCCCAAAGCAGAGCCGGAGCCGACGCCCAAAGCAGCGCCAGAGCCGACGCCCAAGGCAGAGGCGCAGCCGGCACCCCAGGCAGAGUCGCCGCGGACACCGCCCACGGUCAAGGCGGAGUCGGAGCCGACGCCCAAAGCAGCGCCAGAGCCGACGCCCAAGGCAGAGGCACAGCCGGCACCCCAGGCAGAGGCGCCGCGCACACCGCCAAGGUUCAAGGUGAACCCCCCGCCCUCCGCGACGGGCUCUCCCGCGGACCUCGCCAGCCCCGAGGCAGCGGCGCAGCCAGAGGCGCAGCCGUCGGCGCAGCCGUCGCCCCAGGCGGGGGCGCCGCGGGCGCCCUUCAGGAUCAAGGUGAACCCCCCGUCCUCCGUGGCUGGCUCGCCCGUGGACCGCGCCAGCCCCCAGG